GGCAGUGGCGCAAGCCGCGCGGAGCAGCGCUGCCCGGGUCUCCUGCUGCGUGGCUGCGUGCUCCCGACCCAGCCGGCCGAACCUGUGGGCCCGCGCGCGCUUCUGAGCGUCCGAGGAGUCCAUGGUGCAGAACUUAGCGGUGGACUGACGGACACCGGGCCUCCUGCGCUGGCGCGGCCGCCGGAGCGAUGCCUGGACCUCGGCCUGAGGAAACGCCUUCACGAGGAGAGAUGAAGAAGAAACCCGUAUAUAAUCAGAGUGUGGGUGAUCAGGAGAGUGAAGAUGCGGAAGGUGAAGAAAACAGAAAUAAUGCUGAUACUUCCGGCUUACUGUACAGUGAGGUGGACAGAUGUCCAAUCUGUCUUAGUUGCCUAUUAGGGAAGGAAGUUGGUUUUCCAGAAAGUUGUAAUCAUGUCUUCUGUAUGGCCUGUAUUCUUAAAUGGGCAGAGAUACUGGCUUCUUGUCCAAUCGAUCGGAAACCCUUUCAGGCAGUGUUUGAACUCCGUGCAUUUGAAGGUUGUGCUAAGAUUCAGGUAAAAAGACGGUCGAGAGAAUUAGACGACAAGGAAAAUGAGGAGUCUUUUAAGAAACAGCUCGUUUAUCAUGAAAGUUCCAAAAGCGACAGGAGAAAAGGAAACACUGUAAGAGAAGAUCUGUUAUGUGAGAGAUCUGAUGACUUGAAGGUGUUGUAUAGAAACUUUUCAAACAAUAAAAUGGGUGGAAAGAAAAAUGCUACAGUAAAGACAAACAAGGUUCAAAGAUUGAAUCAGUGUACAGAUUCUUGUGUGAGAAGUGACAUGCCCAGUGUAUCUUCAUGUGACGGCCACAGUUGGGGACCUCGCACCUACAGAGUUUCCUGUACAGAAUCUAUAGAAGUCAAUGAAAUCAAUGCAUUGAUUAGGCAGAAACGACAGGAACUGGAGUUGUCAUGGUUUCCUAAUACAUUACCUGGGAAUGGAAGAGUUGGCUCUGUACCCUGGAGUGUGGAGACAGCAGUUCUUCCUCUGGUUUCCUCAGUGCUGCCAAGGACGAUUUUUCCAGCAAGUACCAUGUCACUAGAAAAUUUUGGUACUUCUCAUAAGGGGUAUGCACUAGCACAUACCCAAGGAGGAGGAGAAAAAAAGCAAACUUCAGGUACAUCAAACACCAGAGGAUCAAGAUGAAAACCUGCAACAACUGCUCCUACAAGGAGGUCCACAGGAAACUCACGUGUUGAGACAGUCAGUCCAUCCCAGAAGUCCCCAGUGCCAAACUACUCUGAGUGUGAUGCCCCAGGGAAUAGUAAUUCCUCUGUCAGUAUUUCCCCUCCAGCUGAAUCAGAAAAGCAAACAAGACAGGCUCCAAAACGGAAGUCAGUAAGGAGAGGAAGAAAACCACCUUCUUUGAAAAAGAAACCUCUGAAAUCUGUACCUCCUGCUGAAAAAACCACAUCUAGCGAUUCAGUAGAGGAAGACACUGUGGAUUCUGACACUCCACCCGUGUUGGAAAAGGAGCAGCAAUCAUGUGUAUAGAGUAGUAGCAUUUGCUCUAUUCAGACAGAUGAAGAGAAUCAUUUGGCUAAGUGCUUGGAAAGUUGCGAUGAACAAACAGAAGAAAAUGAACAAACCAAGAAUCAUGAGAUCGAGGAACAAACAGAAAUUUUAAAUUCUGAAUCUUGCACUCAGUAUCCUCCUGUGCUUGUUGGAGAGGAUUCAGGGAUAGAGACUAAGGAGUUAUGUGUAGACAAUGAUGUUUCUACAGAUUAUUCUCUAAAAGGAAGUGAUCCAUUGGAAAAUCAAGAACAGGACUCUGGAAGCUCAGGGUCAGAGGUGCAGGCAUCCGUGUGUACGGAGAGUCUGCCUGAGGAUUUCCUUACGUGUCCACCGUCUGACAUUGAAGGACACCAGCCAGUGUCCGGUCCCCUGGGUGAAGUAUCUGAAAACGCCACCCCAGUGCUUAGUGAUGAAAGAGCAGAGGACAGUCUCAUGGUAGGAAAUGCUGAUUUGAAUGAUUCUGUAGAGAACACAGAAGCAUUUGUAAUGAGCCCCAAAGUGGAGUCUUCUGAGGGUGAAAUUACACAUGGACUGAACAGACAUUGUAUUCCCAGCUCAGACACGGAGUUGCCUGAGCUUAUUCAAACAGAAAAUACAGAAAUAAUUCCAACAUGUGGCACUUUAGAAAAUGAAAGUUCUGGUGCUGUUCAAGGUUGUGAAGAUACCUUACUAAAACAUAAUCUUGACAACACCCAAUUGGAUAACUCCUUAGAAGAAAAGACAGACUCUCUGGUUGAGCAUCCAUCCAUGCAGUUACCUCACGAAGAAGUUGAACAGAGUGAGAAACAUUUCAGUGAAGAUAAUAAUGAAAUAGUACCUAUGGAGUGCGAUUCUUUCUGUAGUGACCAGAAUGAGUCUGAAGUAGAGUCAUCAGCAAAUACUGACCCCAAACAGUUGAGUGAAAAUUCUGUGACACACAGUUCUGACAACAAGCUGUCUUCUGAUCCUGUAGUUGAGAAUGUUGAAACUGUAGCUCAACCAGCUGAAAGCCUAGUGGAUAAAGCCCCAAAGCCUCGAACUCGGAGAUCUAGAUUCCAUUCUCCGUCUACAACUUGGUCUCCCAACAAAGAUGCUGCACAAGAAAAGAGGCGCGCUCAGUCUCCAUCUCCGAAAAGAGAGACUGCAGUAGAAAGUAAGAGUUCUCAGUCACCAUCCCCCAAGAGAGAGUCUGCCAGAGGACGAAGAAAAUCCCAUUCUCUCUCACCAAAAAAAGAUGUAUCAAGAGAAAGGAGGCAGUCUCGGUCUCCAAAGAGAGAGAAUGCUAGGGAAGCUAAAAGGUCUGAGUCAGGCUCCCCAAGAAGAGACACUUCUAGAGAGAACCAGAGGUCUCAGUCCAGGGUGAAAGAUUCUUCCUCCAGAGAAAAAUCUAGGUCCCGGAGCAGAGAAAGAGAGAGUGACAGAGAUGCUCAGAGGAGAGAUCGAGAUAGAGAGAGGCGAGCCAGAAGGUGGUCCCGGUCUAGAUCUUGCUCUCGAUCGCCAUCAAGAUCAAGAACGAAGAGUAAGAGUUCAUCAUUUGGUAGAAACGAAAGAGAUACUUACUCUCCCCGGUGGAGGGAAAAAUGGACAAAUGAUGGUUGGAGGUGUCCCAGAGGGAACGACCGGUACCGGAGGAAUGAUUCAGAGAAACAGAAUGAAAACACAAGAAAUGAAAAAGAUGAUAUCACUGCAGAUAAUACUAAUGAUCCCAGUUCCACAGAUAAGCAUAGAGAUGACUGUCCCAGCUGGGUGACAGAAAAAAUAAACUCUGGGCCAGAUCCAAGGACCAGAAAUCCAGAAAAGUUAAAAGAUUCCCGACCUGCAUUGUCUGGUGCUAUGAACAAUUGA